CUCACCAGCCGAGCUGUGCUCUCACCUCCAUCUCUCUCACAAUCCACGCAAUACCGAUCCGGACACAACACGGUGGUCUCAUUCGGACCGCGAGCUGAAGAGAGACCAUGCAGAAGUGCCGGGCCGUCAAUUCCGCUCUGGGCUCGAGGGCAUUCGUCCCCGCCCCUCGGGUCCAAUUCCAAGUGCAGCGCCGGAAUCUCCAGGAUGUCGCGAUUACUCGAACUGGGAAGCCAAUUCUGAAGGUUCAGGGUGGACGGUCCUCUCUCGGAGGUCAUACCGCUACUGUUUUCGGUGCCACUGGCUUUCUCGGUCGCUACAUUGUCAACAAGCUCGCCAACCAGGGAUGCACGGUUGUUGUACCCUUCCGCGAGGAAAUGACAAAGAGACACCUCAAGCCGACUGGUGACCUCGGAAGAGUUGUCUUCAUCGAAUACGACCUGCGGAAUACCCAAUCUAUCGAGGAGAGUGUCCGUCACUCCGAUGUUGUCUACAACCUUGUUGGUCGCCAAUAUCCCACGAAGAACUUCUCCUACACCGACGUUCAUGUCGAUGGAACUGAGCGCAUCGCCGAGGCUGUCGCCAAGUACGAUGUUGACAGAUUUAUCCACGUCUCCUCCUACAACGCCGACAAGAACUCGCCCUCCGAGUUUUUCAGGACAAAGGCAUGGGGUGAGGAGAUUGCUCGGUCAAUUUUCCCCGAGACUACCAUCGUCCGGCCUGCUCCCAUGUUUGGUUUUGAGGACAAUCUCCUCCACAAGCUCGCCGGUGUCACCAACCUCUUCACUUCCAACCGCAUGCAGGAACGCUUCUGGCCCGUUCACGUCAUUGAUGUUGGCUCUGCCCUCGAGUUGAUGCUCCACGACGACACCACUGCCGGCCAGACUUUCGAGCUCUAUGGGCCGAAGAACUACUCUACUGCGGAAAUUGCUGAAUUGGUUGACCGUGAAAUCGUCAAGCACCGCCGCCACAUCAACGUCCCCAAGGCUGUCCUGAAGCCUAUGGCUUACUACCUGAACAAGCUCCUCUGGUGGCACACCAUCUCUGCUGAUGAGGUGGAGCGGGAGUUCAUUGACCAGAAGAUUGACAAGACUGCCAAGACAUUCAAAGACCUCGGUAUUGAGCCCGCCGAGCUCAGCGACCUAACCUUCCACUACCUGAGAAAAAUGACAACCUCACCUUCAUAUUCCUUCUCAUCCUCACCGGCAACUCCCGUCCUACUCCUCAAGACGAAAUCUACCCCGCACGAUGGCUACGAGGAAUUCUUCUCCGCCCACGGCUACAACCCCGCCUUCGUCCCAGUCCUCGAGCACCAUUUCAACCAGACGAACCUCCGCACCGUAAAGGAUCUCUUCACAUCAGGCAGUCUAAAUGCCGGACCGCGGCGGAAAUACGGUGGGCUGAUAUUCACCAGCCAACGCGCUGUGGAGGGGUUCGCGCGCUUGGUCACGAACGAGGUAGAUGUCUCAAUAGCGACGGCCGCAUCCCGCUCCUUGAUACUCUACACUGUCGGGCCCGCGACAUCCCGCUCCCUUACAACGUUACGAGACACGCAUCUACCCUAUGCCACUAUCUACGGCUCCGACGCCGGAGACGGCCAGAAACUUGCGCUUGCUAUCCUGGAGCAUUAUAAUGCGCUGUAUGUUGGCGGAGGCGUAGGUGCUGGCGCAGACGCACCGCCCACGAAGCCUCCCCUCCUCUUCCUCGUUGGCGAACAGCGCCGCGAUAUCUUACCGAGAACGCUCAUGGAUAAGUCAUUAGCCCCCGCUAGGCGGAUUCAGGUGGAUGAGCUUGUCGUUUACGAGACGGGGGUGAUGGAGUCCUUUGAGGGUGAUUUUCAGGCUGCGGUGCGUGCCGGACAGGAGUACUUGGCUCUGGCUGGUUGGGACGGGGACGGGGAUGGGGAGGAGAGGGUGAUCUGGGUGGUAGUGUUUUCGCCGACGGGCUGUGAUGCGAUGCUUCGUGUUCUGGGUUUGCUUUCUACGUCUGCAGAGUCCUCUGCCGGAAAUGCGGGUGCGCUGGUUGAUGGGAGUGUAAGCGGGACGGAGAGGAGAGUCUUCAUAGCAACUAUCGGGCCUACGACGAGAGAUCAUCUUGUCAAGAAUUAUAGAUUCCAGCCGGAUGUUUGCGCAGAGAAACCUAAUCCGGAAGGUGUUGGUGCUGGCAUUGAAGCGUUCAUGCGGCGGAGGAAGGGGAUAUGAUCCAGGCGUGCUUGAUGACUGUCACUGUACUUGUAUUCUAUGCCUAAUGUUUCGUCACAUUGGCGACGAUUGCAAGGCACGAUGUAAAGAUAUAGUAAUUCUUCGAUAUACCCAAAGAAGUAUGGCUGACAAG